AAGAGUCGCUUGGACCAAUCCUGUCGACCUCAUUACCACAUCGUCAUCCUCACCACCUAUCCACAUCCCUACCAACUCAUACUCGGCGCAAGACCUGAUCAACAACAAUGCUCGCAACCCAAUCCGCCCCCUCGGACCCGUUCCAAGCCCACCCCAUCCAACCCGCCUACAGCUCCGGGAUCAUCGAAGCCAACGCCCCAGCCCCGAAACUCAACCCGGACUCUCCCUUGGUCAAACAACUCUUGGAAGACGGGUUCGUCGUCGCCAAGAACGUCGUCAGCGAGGAAAAGGCCCAGAAGUAUGUGGACGGGGCGCAUGCGUGGUUGGAAGGGUUCGGGAUGGGGUACAAGAGGGACGACGAACAAACGUGGAGGGUGGGGAACUUGCCUAAACAUGGAAAGGGCGGCCUAUACUCCCUCUACUCGAUCGCCCACGCCCAGUUCGUCUGGGACUUGAAGACCGAACCGGCUUAUAUCAAGCUCUUCGAGGAGAUCUGGGGGACGGACGAGUUGUUAGUCUCCUUCGACGGCGCCUACCUCGGAGUGCCCCUUCCUAAAGAAGAAGUCGAGGACGAGAACGCGCCUUGGCCUCAUACCGAUCAGUCGCCCAAGAGGCCCGAGGUGUUUUGUGUUCAGUCGUUGAUGAACUUGUUGCCCAACAACGAAAAGGACGGCGGGCUCUGGGUGAUGAAGGGGUCGUCCAAGUUGUUCCCCGAGCUGAUCAAGGCGUUCGGGUUGGAAGACAAAUGCCUCGGUAGGGAUCACUUCAAGUACACCGACGAACACGUCGACUGGCUCAAAGCUCACGGAGCGACCAUCGUCCACCCAAACCUCGGACCGGGAGACGUCGUCUUCUGGGACUCUCGAACUUGUCACUGGGGAGCCGCUCCCGAACAAGGACGACCCAGGAUGGCCGUCUACACCUGUUACAAGCCCGCCAACGGGAUCUCCUCCUCCCAGCUGGCACUGAAGCAGGAGGCGUUCAAGAAGGGUUACGUGACCAGCCACGAUCCCAUCACCGGGAUCUGGAAGGACAAGAGCGAUUCUCCGGAUAACAAGACGUUCCCCUUCGGAAAGCCCGUCUUGAGCGAGAGGGGGUUGAAGGCGGCGGGCAUGGUGCCUUACUGAGUCGAGGAGAUAUGUCGUCGUGUUUGAGUUUCCCUCCUGUUGUACGAGAUCGGCAAACAAACAGCAAUAGGGUUGUAAUCGUUAAUGUUCGCAAGUAUAUUUCCAAUCGCAAGGC